AUGGCGAAUGAGAAGCCAAGGACCGCGAUUGUCAUCGGCGCUGGAGCUGGUGGAAUUGCCAUUUCUGCUCGUUUGGCAAAGGCGGGGUUGAAGGUCACGGUUCUGGAAAAGAACGACUUCACGGGUGGGAGAUGCAGUAUCUUCAGGUCCAAGGCCGGGUUUCGUUUUGACCAAGGCCCUUCGUUGCUGCUGCUGCCAAACUUGUUUCGUGAGACUUUUGCGGAUUUCGGCACCACACUCGAGGCUGAGGGUGUAGAGCUGCUACAGUGCUUUCCCAAUUAUGAUAUUUGGUUCUCUGAUGGCGCUGUCUUCAGGAGCAGCACUGACACAGCUGCCAUGAAAAGAGAGAUCGAGAAGUGGGAGGGGCCAGAUGGUUUUCAACGGUAUCUCAACUGGCUGGCAGAAGCUCACGGUCACUACGAGAUCAGCCUGCAGCACGUCCUACAUCGCAACUUCACCAACCACGCCCAGCUUGCCGACCCAACUUUCGUCGCACCCACCAUCGCCCUUCACCCGCUCGAAAGCAUCUGGAGCCGAACCACUCGUUACUUCUGGUCAGACCGUCUCCGGAGAGUAUUCACCUUCGCCACCAUGUACAUGGGCAUGUCACCUUACGACGCCCCCAGCACCUACAGUCUUCUGCAGUACACCGAGCUUGCCGAAGGCAUCUGGUACCCCAAAGGCGGCUUUCAAACCAUCCUCGCGGCCAUCGAACGUAUUGGCCGUCGUCUAGGCGUGCAAUACCGCCUCAACACCCCCGUAGCUAAAGUCCUAACUGGCGGACCAGACGGCAAGACCGCCACGGGAGUCCUUCUGGAGUCUGGUGAGAAGCUGGAGGCCGACCUCGUCAUUGUGAACGCUGAUCUUGUUUACGCCUACAACAACCUCUUCCCUCAAGAAUCCGAGAACAAAUCCGUCGGCCCAACAAUCACCCCUUACGCCAAGGACCUCUCCAAGCGUGAAGCCUCCUGCAGCUCCAUCUCCUUCUACUGGAGUUUCUCCAAAAAGAUCCCCGAGCUGGGCACCCACAACAUUUUUCUCGCGGAUGAGUACAAAGAGUCGUUUGAUGCCAUUUUCAAAAGGCACACUCUCCCAUCUGAUCCAUCUUUCUACAUCAACGUCCCCUCCCGCGUCGACCCAACAGCCGCACCCCCAGACAAGGACGCCGUAAUCUGCCUCAUCCCCGUAGGCCACCUCUCCGCCACGCACCCGGCCUCCUCCUGGCCCUCCCUCGUCGCCUCGGCCAAAAAGGCCGUCCUGGCCACGGUAGAGAAGCGCACCGGCCUCAAGAACCUCGAAUCGUUGAUCAUGGAGGAAACGAUCAACUCUCCCCCCGAAUGGCAGGCCAAAUUCAACCUCGACCGCGGCGCCAUCCUGGGCCUGUCCCACUCCUUCUUCAACGUCCUCUCCUUCCGCCCGAGGACGAGGGCGAAGGGGGUGAGGAAUGCGUACUUUGUCGGGGCGAGCACGCACCCUGGCACGGGGGUUCCGAUUGUCCUUGCCGGGGCGAAGAUUACGGCGGAGCAGAUCUUGGGGGAUAAGAAGAUGGAGGUUCCUUGGGUGCCGCUGAGGGAGUGGAAGGGGGAUGUGCAGGCGAAGCAGGGGAAUGAAAAGAGGGGGGGGGGGAGGUUGGAUUUGGCGAAGAGGCCGUUGUGGACGGAUGAUUGGAAUUUGUUUUUGUGGAGUGUGAUUGGGUUAUUGGGGGUGGUGGUUGUUUUCCUUGCUGGACCGGCUGCUUGGGGGAACGGGGGGUUUGUGGGGGAUUGGUAA